AUAUCGUGUAACGUUAAUGGCGAAACUGCUUCUUGUACAGCGAUGUCUUCGAAGAUCUUUUACCAGUCGUGCUUGUAGAGCUUCUCAAUACACAGAGGAUUACUUAGUACUUCAGAGUAUUUCGUUAUCGUUCAAUCUUGUGUCGAUAUCUGUCUUAUUAGUAACUGCUCGUGCGAUCUGUCUUCACUUUAACUAUCAACAAACUGAUGUGCUUCUCAACGCUGUGUGUGACGUCACAACGAUUUGCCGCAGGACGCAUUUGCGCUUUCAAAACAACACAAUCCCAAGCUUUGAGAGAAGGAAACCACUUUACACGAAGAAGUUUUACUCCAGUAGACGAUAUGGAAGCCAAGUCAACAGAUUGCCAAGCUGGUUCGUCUAGACUGAACCCAAAUGUCCCGAACCAGCUGACAUCCAGCCAGCCAGCACCAUUAUUUUCAUCAUGUUAUGAAUUGGGCAGCUCCCUGGGAUCAGGCAGCUAUGGCCUUGUGUGUGAUGGGAUUCGCAAAUCUGAUGGCUUGGAGGUCGCCAUCAAACAUGUUCCAUUACAAGAUAUUACUUAUGUGGAUACUUCUAAGGGCGAGCAUCUACCCAAAGAAGUGGCUUUACAGCAGGAGCUACAUAAAUCGGAGACAUGCCCUUAUAUUGUUAAAUUAUACGACUGGUAUCUGGAAGAUCAGCUCAUCAUGACUAUGGAAUACCCACGGCCAUGCAUGACCUUGCAUGAUUUCAUCAAAUGUCAUCCAAGUCUUCCGCGUGAAACCUUGGCACGUCGUUUGAUGACCCAAGCAGUAAUGGCAGCCAAAUACUGCAUUGGACACGGUGUCAACCAUGGUGACUUGUCAUGGGACAACUUCUUGAUCAAUACAGAUAUGAUGCAGGUGAAAAUUAUAGAUUUUGGAAACGGCAGGUUUAUCUCAACCACCAACAACCUAGAGUCAGGAUACUGUGACAGUGCUUAUGCGGUUGCAGAUACUGUCUGUGGUUUAGGGAAUAUUCUGGCACUAUUGGUGGGUUGCUGUUGCUUCACUGGCGUCACUCACAAACACAUCGUAUCUGAAGGUAAGAAACCAUCGCUUUACACGAAGAAGUUUUACUCCAGUAAACGAUAUGGAAGCCAAGUCAACAGGUCGCCAUCAAACAUUCUCCAUUAAACAAUAUCCGUUAUGUGGAUACUUCUAAGGGCGAGCAUCUACCCAAAGAAGUGGCUUUACAGCAGGAGCUACAUAAAUCAGAGACAUGCCCUUAUAUUGUUAAAAUAUACGACUGGUAUCUGGAAGAUCAGCUCAUCAUGACUAUGGAAUACCCACGGCCAUGCAUGACCUUGCAUGAUUUCAUCCUAUGUCAUCCAAGUCUCCGCGUGAAACCUUUGCACGUCGUUUGAUGAACCAAGCAGUUACAGCAGCCAAAUACUGCAUUGGACACGGUGUCAACCAUGGUGACUUGUCAUGAGACAACUUCUUGAUCAAUACAGAUAUGAUGCAGGUGAAAAUUAUAGAUUUUGGAAACGGCAGGUUUAUCUCAACUACCAACAACCUUAUGUCAGGAUACUGUGGUGAGUUUCUGUGUUUCUAUAGCAUUAAGCCCAGAUGUGAUGACACUUUUAUAAAAACUGUAGCCAAGCUUUGUGUUCCCCCCUAACACAUUAGCAAAACUUACAGGGAUGAUGGAUGCCGUUAUUCUGUGACUUCAAUAACUUUUACUGAUUAAAUGUUUUGCUCACUUCUUGCUUACGUUACAGACAGUGCUUAUGCGGUUGCAGUUUUUUUUUUAUUCAGGUCCAAAAAGAGUCUAUUUAACAGAGCAAGAUUUUGACAGAUUCCUAAAAUGUCUGUUUCCUCUGUCAGGGUUCUGUUUCUUCCUGUCUUGGGUUUUCUUGCCUUGGGGACAGUGUCGUGACAAUAUCAUGUCUUGUGAGUGUGUUUUGUUUUGUGUGGACACACUUUGUGGUUUGUUUUGACAUUUUACCGUGUGUCCUCCUGUCUUUCGUUUAGCUCCGCCCCCUUGUUUCUCCGUUAGCAACCCAUUAGUAUUUCAUCUCCCUCACCUGUCCAUUCUUCUUCCCGCCAGUCUCCCUUAAUGUAAAGUCUCGUCACCUCCCCGUCCCCUUCCCUAUGUCAUUAUCUCUCGUUAGUGUUCCCCUUCAUUAACUCCUGUGUAUUCCUAAUCCUGUGUCAGUUCAUUGUUUGUUUCCCAAGGCUCUUCGUGUCUACGUGUUGGAUUACAUUGAUCCCAUUUAUUGUUCCCUUCGUGUUUUUGGAUUUAUCAUUUGGAUUACCAUUUUUGACUGGUUUGUUUUGUUCCUCAUGAUGGAAGUAUUUCAGUUUUAAGUCUUCUAUGAUUUAUCGGGUUUUUGCCCCAUAGCGGUUGUUUGUUUUUGUGUUUUAGAAUAAAGUCUU